CGCUGCUGCCGCUGAUUCAGCUGCUUCAAACAGUGUCAAACAUUCGAAUGCGAGAGUCUUUUCGUACCGCAACGAUUUUCAAACUCGGCAUAUUUAAAUUAUUUGAUUUUCCGCCGAUUCGUAUGAACGCGGGUGCGGCUUGACGCGCUAUGUCAAAAUAUGCGGUCCGAGAUAUUCAAGAAAUUAUUGAAAAAAAAAAACGAGAAAUCGAACACACGACGGAUGAAAUAUUGACGACGAGACUCUCCGAAAUUUUUUCAUUUAUGUAAAACCGAAAUUUUAUCAUUCGGUCGCAGAGACACGUAUCCUCGUUACGAAAUAGUGUUUCGUUCCCAUAAAAAAAACAAAAAAAUUACGUUUUUAAAUUCGUGACUUGUUUUUCGAAUAACUCAAAGUGUGUGUCAGACAAAAAAAAAAAAAAAAAAAUUGGUGUUUCUUUAAUUAGUGACCAUCAAUUGAUUUGGAUAUUAAAUCUCCCGUGUGUACAUAUUGUAACUCAUAAACUACUAAAGCUGGUAAGAGGAUUGAUUUUCUACACGUGUGCGAAUAUAUCGGUAGUAUAAUUAGUUGCGACGAAGUGAAGUGAAAUUGAAAUAGAUUUCGUUGUGCAGAAUCGACGAGGGGGGAAAAAGGAGCAGUACGAUAUCUAACGGAGGCGCGAUAAUAAAUACGCCGAGGAAAGAAGAGAGAGAGAGAGAGAGUCACUUCGUGUUGCUAGUGAAUAAAGAAGAGGCACUAGAAAGUGUGGUGUACGCACGUAGAUAUCUAACAUAUCCUAAGCCAACUUUGAAUCGUUGAUGUGAUUCUGUGCCAGCGAUAUAAUCACCUGUACAUGUGAAGUGGGCCGAUGCCGCGAGGCAAGAAGCGCCGGUAGGAAGUCUAUCGGUGUAAAAAAUAAGAAAGAGAAAGAUUGAAAGAAAGAAAGAAAGAAGAAAAAAAAAGCAACGUGAAAAACGAAUCGAAAACACUACCGAAAAUGAGCAGGAGAACCUUACCGCUGCCGGGCAUUAAUUCCUGCGAAAGGAUAAGACCGGAAAGACCGAGGAACGCUAUACAGAGGCUCGUUUGGUCCGGGGCACAAUUUCAAGUUGGCCCGAUGAGUUCCAUCGAGGACGAGGCAUCGAAUCCUAGAAUGGCAUUGAGAAGAUUACUCAGACUCUACGAGGGUAGACAGUACAGAGAGGCGGCCAGUUUUCUCUCGAGACUUCCGGUUUAUACGUUGAAAACUGCUCUGCCGGAUAUACCUAUCGAUUUAUUGGUGGACGCGCUGCCCCACAGUUUGGCUUUGCUCGAAAUUCUAUACAUCAGAUUGACCGAGUUGAACAGCGAAGAUUUGAAGAGUUUGAGGGUAGAUCCCGUGUUGUGGAAAAUCGUUUACUUGAUAUCGACCGCGCAGGACAAUUAUCAAGUGAGAAUAUGGACGAAACUUUUGACCGCUUUGUCGAAAGUAGCGCCGAAUUCUAAGAAUAUUCUCAACAAUAGGAGGAGAGCCCUAGAAAGAGCAGUCGAGGGACUGGGGAAACAUGGACUCGUUACUUCGACCGUUGGAAAUGGAUUGGAAAACACUAACGCACAGAAUCUUGUAUCUUUACCUGUUGCUCUGAAGGACGAACUCGAGUCGCGAGCGGAGGCUUAUAAACUUGCUUUGCACAAAAUUGAAAGCUUCGCGAAACACGGGGGCACGAACAAAGGGGAUCAAGGAGUGCACGCGGCUUCUCAUCAGAGGCAGUUAUCUUUGAAGUACAGUGAGAUUCAGCAACGGCUCAUCAAUAAUCAGGGACUCUUGAAUACCUUGGAAAAAGCGACGAGUUCGGCGCUCGAAAAUCUUCUCAGAGAAUUGAAACAUAGAGUCGAGUACGACAAGGAAGCUCUGAGGCAAUGGACCGCUUUGAGGAAAUCAAAUUUUCGAACGAAUGCUAAAAAUCCGCCACUGGCCGCCAGACUAUUGCAGUGCGCCAGGGGGUGCGGACUCGCACUGCAAAUUAUCGCCGAAGAAACGAAUUCGAAUAAUUGCGAUAACACGAUGAGGGACGUUAACGUCAACUUUGACCACCAAGAAAACACGCUCGUAGAAGAUUACGAAGAAGAAUCCAGCAGCGCCGGUUAUCAUACAGACGAAAGCGGAAGUCCGACCCCCGAACCCGGGGAUCCCAACGGCAGCGAUGACAAUUUUCAAUGUAUUUCCAAUAAUUCUUACAAGUCUCUUGGAAAUCUUACCGUUGGACAAUUGGCCGAAAGAUAUGCCGCGUUGUACGCCCAAGCUCAACUUCAUACUCUCGACGCUCUGGACGCCCUUGAACCCCUCAAGGAUGCUCCAGAUCUUAAAGCGAAAAUACUUUACUCCGUAGUUGUGCUGUCAUGGCGUCUUGCUGGAAUGAUUCAAACUUCUCGACGUUUGGAGGUAAUAAACGUAUUAACCGGAACAUCUGAGCUUCAAUUGCAGACCGGAUGUCCAUCUGUAGCGUCUGAUCCUGAGUUAGAAGAUUGCAUAAGGAGACAAUUAGCUACAAUUGGUUACCAAACGGGAGUCGUUGAGGUUUCAACGCAAGUCCUCAACCAGCUGGAACGCACCCUUUACGAUUUUCCCUGCCUACGUAGCUCUUCGGAAUUAAAAAUUUACGCAGAUUCUUCGGCUAGUUUGGCGUGGUCUUGUUUAGCUAGAUCCACUCCGCUCGUAUUAGACGUUGCGCAGGGUGUAGAUUUCAGAACCGAAUUUCACGCCAGACAUCACGGUUCCCCAAAUCCAAAUGGUUCCAGAAUCAGAAACGUUCUGUGGCCAGGAUUAAGGGAGGGAUGCCAAGGACGCUGUUUGCACAGAGCUGUGGUCCUCACCAAUUAAUUAUUCAUUCAAUUAUUUUUCUUUUCUCCAUCCUUCUGUUUUUGUUCGUUUUGCGGUUUGUUUUAUUUUCUGCCCAAUGAUCCUUUGUCUCUGGAUUUUCAUAUACGUACGGCUGGAUACAUAAAAUAAAAGUUUUCCUGUCUAGCCCCUGGGGCUUAAGAAUUAUGAUCAUAUGUACAUACACAGUUAAUUUUCUUCCUUUUGUUUUAUGUCACGUAGGCGAGGUAUAAGUACAUAUACCAAUAUAGAUUUUUGUACAAAAAGUUCGGGUUCGCUCAAAAUAAAUUAAUAUACACUCGAAUUAUUAUACGAUAGAAUUAUUACAUGUAUGUUAGUAAAGAAAGUGACCCAAAAUGUUUUCGCUCUUCGACUACGAGUAAAACUUCAUUUUUGCAAAUAAUAAUUAGAUGAAGUAUUUCAGAUCAUCCUAAGUAACUUAAUCGAUAUUAAGAAUUUUAUUAAUUCUACUACAAUAAUAAUUAAUUAUGUCAUUAUCUAUCUAUAGUAUGCAUUGUUAUUAUAUUUAUUAAUUCAUUGGUUAUUCACAAAUAAAUUUAUUAAUAAUCGUUAAUCGAAUAAUAAUUGAUUGAAGUACCAAUAUAAGAAGAUUUUGAGAGAGGAAUGAUUUUUCUUUUGAUUAUGUGUGACAUGUUUCGAGCAAGAGGUUUUUUAAUAUGACUUUCUAUACCUGAUUCGUACCGAGAAAUUUCUGACGUUCUAUACUGUACAUUAUACGUGUUUCAUAUGUGCUUACAAAUGCAGAAACGCGCGAAAGUCUUUUGACAAGGUUUUUAUAACGUGUUUUUCAUAUUAUAUGUGGUUGUAUACAGGUCAAAGCGUCAUAUGUAAAUUCAUGUAUGAUGUGUAUAAUAUGAGUGAUAAUGUUAUUACCAUGCAGGGAAAUACGAACUGGAUUUAGAGUGAAGCUUGCAAAGAAAAUUGACGAUUUCUACUGGGAAUUUAUUCGGACUGUGAAUGGGGAUUACUUUUGAUUGAUUCGGACGUAUUCACCGCCGUAUAAACCAACGUACAGAGUAACUCAUUCGACUCGUAAAUCUAAAUUUCAUCGUACGGGAAUUUAUAUGGCUUCAUUUUCUAGAAUUUCGUAUCUUGAUUAUUCGUUAUAGAUAGUGAAAUAGAAUCAUGAUUACUGUAUCCGCAUUACUAUAAUCUUCUGCUUCAUGCAGGAAGAAGUUUUCAAUGUUUCUUUUUUGCUUUCAGCAAAAGCGAAGGCUUUGCUUAGUUGAUUUUCCACACGAAAAAUGGCAAAACGUCUAUACGAAUCGGAGGGAUAAGCUCAACAUGUUUCCGCAGUACUAGUAACAUCAUAUAAUCCAUUCAAAUUUAGGGUAGAAUUCAAAUUUCACGUCUGUUUCACUAAUGUGAUAUUUUGUUAACACAUUU